UGAUGUAAUGUCAAACCAGCAAGAAUGGCUCCUAUUACUAUUUCUGCAUUACCCCAGGAGAAAACAUUACACCCUGAUUUCGUCCGGGAUGAAGACGAGCGUCCCAAAGUUGCCUACAAUCAGUUCAGCAACGAAAUUCCAGUUAUUUCUUUAGCUGGUAUUAAUGAUGAUUUGAAUGGCAGAAGGCCUGAGGUGUGUCGUAAAAUAGUCGAGGCCUUUGAAGACUGGGGCAUUUUCCAGGUAGUUGAUCACGGUAUUGACAGCACUUUGAUUUCUGAAAUGUAUCGUCUUUCUCGUGAGUUCUUUGCUUUGCCUGCUGAGGAAAAGCUCAGGUAUGAUCCCACCGGUGGUAAGAAAGGCGGCUAUAUUGUCUCCACUCAUCUCAAGGGUGACAGCGCAAUGGACUGGCGCGAGUUUAUAGUUUGUUUGACGUACCCAAUCAGUGGUCGGGACUACUCCCGAUGGCCUGAUAAGCCCGAGAGAUGGAGGUCCAUCACAGAAGACUACAGUGAGAAGUUACAAGUGCUAGGUGCCAAGUUACUAGAAGUGUUAUCAGAGGCCAUGGGGCUUGAGAAAGAGGCUAUUGCAGAGGCCUGCGUGAAUAUGGAACAGAAAAUGAUAAUUAAUUACUAUCCCCCGUGCCCUGAACCCGACUUGACACUUGGAUGCAGAAGGCAUACGGAUCCAGGUUCUAUUACCCUUUUGCUUCAGGAUCAGGUUGGUGGAUUACAGGCCACUCGGGAUGGUGGCAAAACUUGGAUUACUGUUAAGCCUGUGGAAGGAGCUUUUGUUGUCAAUCUGGGAGAUUAUGGUCACUAUUUGAGCAAUGGGAGGUUCAAAAGUGCUGAUCACCAAGCAGUAGUGAAUUCAACCUAUACCAGAAUGUCUAUCGCAACUCUCCAGUACCCAGCACCGGAUGCAAUAGUUUAUCCGCUAAAGAUCAGGGAGGGAGAGAAGCCAAUUGUGGACGAGGCUAUCACAUUUGCUGAGAUGUAUAAGAGAAACAUGAGUAAGCCUGGUGAGGAGGCUGCCCUCAGGAAAUUGGCUAAAGAGAAGCGAUUGCAAGAGGAGAAGGCCAAGUUGGAGAUGAAACCUUAGAGGCAGGAGCCCAGUUUAACCCCUACUAUUAUCUAAGUCACAAUAUAUUCUAUGUAAGUAAUGAAUAAUGUCGUCGUGAUAUUCGAUGUCUAAAUAAUGCACACGUCGGGGUUGAGUGGGGUGUCUGUAAUCUUCUGCUGUACUCAGGUGUUUUAGUGUGUUUCCCCUGUUCUCUGUCUUGCUGCAGGGUAGCUUUGCAGGGGUUCUGCUGCAGUGUUUCUGUUUGGCCCUAUACUAUUAUAUAAAUAAACCCUAAUUAUGAGUAUAA